GCGUGCGCACCGCCUUCCUCGUUCGGAUUCCCGGCGCGGUGGCCGCUGCUGUGGGUUCUUCCUGGGCCGUCGCCAUGGUGAAGCUGAGCAAGGAGGCCAAGCAGAGGCUGCAGCAGCUCUUCAAGGGCGGCCAGUUUGCCAUUCGCUGGGGCUUCAUUCCUCUCGUGAUUUACCUGGGAUUUAAGAGAGGUGCAGAUCCUGGAAUGCCUGAACCAACCGUUUUGAGCUUACUUUGGGGAUAAAGGACUGUGUGGUCAUCUGGAUUUGGAAGCAAUCAGUGGACAGUAACAACAUGGAAGGUGUGUGCUCUGGCUGGGAUAAGAGAUGACACAUCGUUCAGACGUUCACCAGUUGAAUGGACAGGGCUCUUCUCACAUGCAUCUGGCUGAGUGGAACCUCUCCUGACAUAUUUAUGGUAGACUGUAACAAAAUAAAAGUAUUUAACAAUGUUA